AGCACAUGUGUUUCCCCCUUUCCACCUCCUAAACUUUGGCCAAAUUCACUCAUUUCCCUAUUUAAAAACACCCAAAAAAACUGGGUCCAUUCCCCCAUCUUCCUCCUCUCUCCUCAUUCUUCACUGUAAAGUACAGAAUCAAAAACUAUAACAAACACAAACAACCAAAACUAAAACCAAAACCAAAAAUUCCAUUUACAAGCUCAAAUACCCAUCUGUUCUUCCUCAUAAGAAUCUCAUCUUUCUUCCCCAAAAGCUCAGAAAAAGAUGUUAUCUGUAAAACUGGUAAGAUCUCUGGUUCUGGGUGAAGCAAUCAUAAACAAUCCAUGUCUUCCCCAUGAUAAUAAUGAUAAUGUGGGUCAUUCAAAUUCAUCUUCUCAUGAAGAAUAUGAUGCUGAUGAUGAUGAUAAUACCCAUCUUCAAAUUCCUAUUAUAAACCCUAAAAUCAAGAAAAAGAAGAAGAUGCCAUUGUUGUUGUUCACUAAAACAAAGGAAUUGAUUAGUGAUACAUUUAGGUUAGCUAAGAUUGCAAGAGAUAUUGGGAUGGAUUUUUAUCCUUCUCCUUCUCUUUCUCAUCUUCUGUUUUCAUGGCCAUCAUCAUCAUCAUCGUCAUCGUCAUCGUCAUCAUUUCUACCAUCUCCUCCAUUUUCAUCACCAUCAUCGAAUAAUCGACCAUCAGUUUCAUCGAAUACAACAAUGACAACAACAACAACAUCGACAUCGACCUCUUCAACGUUUUCAUUAUGGGGUGGUACAAUUCCAAACGACGCCGUUCCGCUUCCUUUUCCUUCUCUAUCUACUUCUUCGUCAAUUUCUCUGCUUCGUUACUUUGUUUCUCUCUCUAAAGGACUUUUCAAGCUUGUUUUCGUGGAAAUCGAUGAUUCUUCAAGGUUUAAUAGUUAUAAUUAUGAUUGUUCGACGAAUUUUGCGUUGGUUUCUAGGGUUUCAGGGAAAGUUGUUAAUUCAAUGGAGGAACUUUCUAGGGUUUUGGCAGGGAAUGGUUGGGAGCUUUAUAGGUCGUCGGAAAAUAAGCAAAUGGCAGUGGCAUUGUCGUCACAGCCUUCUUCGUUGGUGUUUAUGUUUAGGAAAAAGGAUUCAAAUCGAGUUCGAGUUAAAAAGAUAAUGAUCAAUGGAGGUGCUGGUGUAGGUGGAGAAUGUAGAAUUAGGGAGCUAAGGUUGCCUUCAUUGGAUUUUAAGAAUGGUGUUCCUUUGAGGAUUUUGCAGUACAUUUUGCUCAUGACUGAUGAUGUUUUCUACCUUGCAGAAUUAUAAUAUCAUUUGGGUGAUGCCGUGUGAAUCUCGAUGUUGGUGACUUUCUUCAAAGAGACACACAUGGAUGCUGAUGAUGUGGAACAACUUUAUGCUCAACCAGGACUGCGACAACUUUCUUAGCCUGUCAAUGGUAGUCAGGAUGAAGAAUAACGACUAGGAAAGACGAUGCUGGUGAUCGAACGUUUUAUCAUGUGCAAUGAGAAGCUUUAGAGCUAGUGAUGACAAUUGACAAAGUACAAUUUUCACAUACCUGUGAGAUUAAAUUGUUAAUACAAGUAGAGAUAUUUGAAUGUCUGUAAUUUUCUGUGUGAACUGUAAAAGGAUCCUUCUCGUAGUUGAGAGUAAAUAAGAAUGAAUAUCAUGGAUCACAUUUAAGUCA